GCGGAUCUAAUUUCAAAACUAUCAUAAAAUAAACUUCGUUGAGCAAUAAAGAAAAAAAAAAAGUUUAAAGAUCUUUAAAUAAACAAAUGCGAGCUCCAAUAAAUUCCAAUUUUAUUAUCAGCAAAAAGAACAUAAAAAUUUCAAAAAGAUGAAAUAUUGCAGAGAAAUGUUUCUCAAAUGUCCUCCGCCAGAGUCGGCGGUCAUUGUUACCGAAUCUCAGCUUCUUGACAAAGAUUCAAAAAGUAUCGACGAUGAGGGAACACGCAAGAAAGGUAAGAAGAAAUCAAGACGCAGACAAAAGCUACCCAAACAUGAUUCUCUCGAUGAUUCUUUAAAUUGGGUAACUGACUGUGAAGAAAGCUCAGAUGAUAGCCCAUCAACAUCGUCCAGGAGACGAAGGAACAAUCUACGUGCCGAACAAGAUCAAAUUCAGUUAAUAAUCAUGAGAGAAAUAUAUCAAGCGCAAUCGCAAGAUGUUAAAGAUGUUAUAAACGAUUUGUAUAGAUUACAUCUGAGACAGCAAAGAGCCGCAAUGCGCAAAAUGUCUCGACCUCGUUUGUUGUUGGCUAAGAAACCUAAAAAAAAUAACCUCAAGCCUAAAAUCAUCGCCAGAAAGCUUGGCGCUGGCGAAACAAAUGCAACAAACGUUGGCUUUGUGACCAACGUUAAGAUUCUAGCUAGACUACAACGUCGUCGUCGUAACCGCGGCAAACCUCGAUCGAAGAGGAAUUGUCACAAGAAAUUCCCGCGAAGGAGACGUCGCAGAAAUGCCAAGAAGGGAAACAGGCAGGGCAGAAAACGAUGCCUUCGCGCACAAAGACUAUUUGAUAAAGGUAUUUUCCUUGCUGGCCGAAAGCUGCUUGACGAAGUCUGGCAAGCUGUCAAGGAUCCCGAUGCUACAGCAACUACCUUUUGCAACAAUAACAUCCAUGGUCUUAGUAAGAUCCAUAAGAAACAAAUUGAACUUUAUGAAAGAAUCGAAGAGGAUUUGCAUCGUUUGGAUGCAGCUCGGCAGGAGAGAGCAGAAGCUGCUUUAGAGAGGAAAGCUAAGGAGCAAGAGAAAGAAGCAGCUAUUCAUGAGGGUUUUAAAAAUAAGAUAGAAGCUAGGGCAGCCGCUCGUGUUGAACAAGAUUCGUUGAGAAAGCAGCGUAGAGCUGCCCGCAAACAACGUGCUUUGGAAAAGAAGACUCAAAAAGAAAAGACCAAAUUUGAAGAGUACCUUAAACCUGUCGCUGUCGAGUGAUGGGAAAAUGGACAGACUAACUAUCAAGAUUAAGAAAUGCUCAGUUAUUGAACUUAGUUUAAGCUCGUUUUUAUAUAUCGAAAAAGUGAUAUUAUAUACUUCCUUUGUCUUUAAGUCCGUUCAAGAUUUUAUUUGUUUUCGACAAAUUGAAUUUUUGCUAUCUUGAAAUUUUUUGUUUGUUAAUUGUUACUUAAUAAAACUUUCGUAUUUUUCUAAUGUUUUUCAAAA